UGUUUAUGGAUUAUUAAAACCCAUAUUUUUCUCAAUUUUAUAUUUCCAAGCCGUUGGUAAUGCUUUUGCAUCUUUUGCAUUUAGGCAUCUGUCCCUCAUCUUACUUCUGUAAAUCUCUAUUUUCUCCAUUUCCAUUGCGAUGGAAGUUGUAAUAAGUUCAAAUUCAAACGAAUUUCGAACGAAUGAUUCCAUUACUACGAAAACUAUUAAAACCUGAAGAUGGCCUAUAUGAAUUUGGCCGAAAACGUUUGGAAUAAACAAAAAUAACUCGGCAAAAAAUUCAGCAAGUCAACAAUUUUCCUAUUAGGAUAUUAUUCUAUCAAACACGUAGUUAUAAUUUUCUAGCGAACAAUAACACGUGAAGUCAGUUUAAAAGAUGUUAGUGCUAUUAAUAUUUCCCUGGAUUGAAGACCAACCAGCGGGUCGUGCCUAUCAAAUGAAUCUCUUCAUCAUCGUCAUCUACUACGAUUUCUGCAUCUUCCACAUUGCUGAGUUCCAUGGGAUCAAAUUCGCAGGGGGCUGAAAAUCAGCAACGAACCGUGCUGGACUACAUUAAUUUGGUUCAAGAUUUUAGACCACAAGACGCAUUCGUUCGAAAAUAGUAGUCACGUGGUGUACAGAAGAUGGCAAAUGAACACCUUUCCAGAAUCGGUUUAUUUUUCGAUGAAUUAAACAAAAUUCGAGUAUUAGAUCCUGUUGUUUCGCAACAGACAAUUGAAUUAAAAGAUGAAUGCAAAGAAUUCGUGGAUAAGAUUGCUGAAUUUCAAACAAUAGUUGAUAGUUUUAUUCAGAUAAUUGACAAUCUUUCAAAUGAAGUUGAAAAAGAAAAACUUAAGGCUAUUGGAUCAAGAAAUUUAUUAAAAUCUAUCACAAAAAGAAGAGAGGCCCAACAACAACAGUUGCAAGCAUUAAUUAUAGAAAAAAAAUUGCAGUUGGAAAGGUUGAAAAUACAAUAUGAAGCAUUAAAGAAGGAAGAAAUUGAACAAAAAGAACUCAUUGAACAAUUUCUUCUCCAAAAGUAACGACUGCUUCUUUUGUAAGAGAAAUGAUGUUAUGUACAGAUAAGAAAAUAAAAUGCAAGAAAACAAAAGUUUUAUUUUCUCUUAUUUCUUGAGCUAACACAAGAAAAUGAAACUCAUUGCAACAGAUGGAGUUUUAAUAGUGUACUAAGUGUAAUUCAUUAUUUACUCCCCUGCUGAAAGUAAUGUCAUCACAAAAAUGACUACUUAUGUUGUGGAAUCAAGAUGACAUUAGGACUUGGUAGCAAAAUUUUAUUUACAGUCAUUACUAUUUGUCACUGUUUUUUGUAUUUUGAUUAGAGUUAGAAGAUAAGGUAAUAGAAAAAGUACAACUCACAUUACAAGAAUCAUUGAAAAAGAAAAUAUAAAAUUGGCUUGAAUAUGUUGGAAUAUACCAAGAAAAUAGUUCAUUGGGUAUAUCUAUCACAAUAAAAACUUUGUUGGACACUACAAGGGACAGUAGAAGUACUAAAGAUGAGACUCUAGUUAUUACCUCCAUAGACUUUUUCAUUUGUAGUCAGACAACACACUCAUUUUGAGUGUUGUUGGCUUGGCUUUUCCUGUCUUCUAGUUUCACUUCAAAUCUAUUGUGAAUUUUGGAAGGUGACCAACCUUCAUUGUAAUAAUUUCCAAUAAAACUGACAAUUUUUUUUUUGUUAAGCUAAAAUUUGGGUUUUUCAAAUUGGUAAGAUCUUUAAGCAUGGACAAUAAAUUAUAAGACUUAAAAGAACGUAUUUUACGAACUAAUUAACCAAUAUGUGGAAUUUAGAUGCAUGACUUAUUUCAACUUUUAAGUUAAGACUGACCAUUAAAAAAAAAAUGACAACUUUAAUCAUGAUAUCCAAUUUAUCUUUGGCAUUAUAAAAUGUUCAUUAUAUAGUUUUUAUAUAAAUUGUUUUGGCUGGAAUUAAAUAAAAUCACAUUUUCAGUAUCAG